CCCGCCGUGGUGUGCCGGGCGCGUGGGGACCGUGUGAUCUAGCGCCGCGCCCUGGGCGCAUGGGCUGGGUACCUACCAGCGCGCACAGGGCUGUGGGGAGGCGGCGAGCAGGGGGGCACGAGGCCCUAGCGAUCCCCGGUGGCAUUUAGCCAGGCAUCAUGAGCCAGGACGCAGAGGUGGACAUGAAGGAGGUGGAGUUGAACGAGAUGGAGCCAGAGAAGCAGCCCAUGGCGGGCUCCCCGGCCUCGGGAUCCCUGGGCGAGAAGAACGGGAUGGUGAAGGUGAAGGUGCCCGAGGAGGAUGGCGAGGCGGAUGCUGGCACCAAGUUCACGGGGCUGUCCAAGGAGGAGCUGCUGCAGGUAGCGGGCACUCCAGGGUGGGUGCGCACCCGCUGGGCCCUGCUCAUCCUCUUCUGGCUGGGUUGGCUGGGCAUGCUGGCGGGGGCCAUCGUCAUCAUCGUCCAGGCUCCUCGCUGCAAGGAGCUUCCUCCCCAGGAGUGGUGGCACAAGGGGGGCAUUUACCGCAUCCAUGCACUGGAGGCCUUCCAGGACUCGGAUGCCGAUGGAGUCGGGGACUUGGCAGGGAUGGAGCAGCGCAUUGAUUAUCUGAGCUCCCUGAAGGUGAAGGGGCUGGUAAUUGGGCCCAUACAUGUUAACACCCCUGACAAACUGGCCAGCACGGACCUGCGGGAAGUGGACCCCCGUUUCGGCACCAAGGAGACCUUUACCAAGCUGUUGGAGGCCGCCAAGAAGAAGAGUCUCAAGGUCAUCCUGGACUUGACCCCCAAUUACCGUGGCCAGAUGCCCUGGUUCAGCCAGGAGACCCUCCGCAGCAGUGAUUUCCAGUCUAAAAUGAAGGUGGCGCUGGAGUUCUGGCUGGAGUUUGGUGUGGCAGGGAUCCAGAUGGAGGAAGUGGAGAAGCUCAAUGACUCCCAGCUCCUGGUGGAGUGGAAGAACCUCACCAGCCAGUACAGUUCUGAUGGUAAUGCCAGGGUGCUGAUCGCUGGGACGGGCCAACAAGAUUCCUGGCAGAUCUUCUCCUUGCUGAAUGAGACCAGCGCUGACCUCCUGGUCAGCCCAUAUCUGGUGGGGCUGGGGCAGGAGCCUUCUGGGGAGAAGGUGGAAAAUGCAAUCAGAGAGUACAUCCAGGCUUCUGGAGAGAAGUGGCCCAGCUGGAGUGUGGGGGGCCCAAGGACAGGGCACAUGGCCUCUCUUGUGAAGGAGCGGUUGCUGCGGCUCUAUCACAUGCUACUUUUCACGCUGCCAGGGACGCCCUUCACCAACUACGGGGAUGAAAUCGGGCUGCAGGAGCUGCCAGGACAGUCCAGCGCACCCCGCAUGCUGUGGAAUGAUUCAGCCAAUUUUGGCUUCUCCUCAAAGUCAUUGUCUCAAGGUGUGGGCGGUGGCGGCGGCGGCGGCAGCAGCAGCAGCAGCAUCACUGUGAAGGCACAGAGUGAGGACCGCUCCUCAUUGCUCUCCCUGUUCCGGCACCUGAGUGAGCUGCGGGGCAAGGAGCGCUCGCUGUUGCAUGGGGAAUUCAUGAUGCUGCCUAGGGUGGUGCCAGAUGUCUGUAUCUACCUGCGCAGCUGGGACCAGAACAAACGCUUCUUGGUGGUCCUCAACUUAGCUGGCAACAGCAGCUCUGUCCCCAUUUCCCACUCUCUCCUGCCUCCUGAGGCCACUGUGGAGCUCAGCACUGACCCCCAGCGCCAGGAGGGGCAGCUGGCCCUGAAGGACCUGACAUUGAAGCCCUCCGAGGGGUUGCUGCUGCAUUUCCCCUAUGUAGCCUAGGGGAGGAGGCCUCGCCUGUGGGCCAGGGCCUCCCAUGUUCCAAGGUGGGGUGUUUACUCAUGUGAGUCCUACUAACACCCCCAGGGGCAGCACUGAGGCCUUGGGGCAGGAGUGGGGAGUUGCAGCCAUAAGGUAAAGAAGGCCCCUAGGUUCUGUUCUCCUGAGUCCUGGAUGUCUGACCUGAUCUUCUCUUCCCCCCACUACCCUCCCAUGGGGUUGGUGGGGCAUGGGGGAAGCAGGUACUCAGUGUGCCCCAAUUCCUGCUGGCCUCACUUCGGCACCAUCCUCAGGGAUGCUAUGGGAGAUCUGGACUGAGGAUGGGGCUCUGUGGCAUCUGUUUCCCCAUGGUGGGGCAGCAUUUAGAUUUAGGGACCAAGGAGUUCAGGCCCCACUGGCUGCAGCUUCACCCUCCCCCUUUGGGUGCCCAGUAUGAUUGGACAGGUGGGGAUGACUGAUCAGGACCAAAGGUCUAUCUGUCUCUCUCUCUCCUCCUCCUCCUUCCUCUCUCCCCCUCCCCAGGUUGUAGUGGCCAGUGCUGUGUGUGAAAUGGUGCAGAUGUUUGGGUGGGGGGUGGAUGGCUUUGUGCUGGGCUCCUCCUGCGUGCUGCUGGGAUCAGCAUGGAAAUAAUAAAAGGCUCUGCUUAGUGA